CACUCAUAAGCUCGCGCUGUCGGAGAUUCACAUCGCGCAACGCCCCAUUGCUCGCGAAUACGAUGGCCACCAACAAUAUGGAUGUGUCUGGUGGUGAGGAGGAUAUCGCGCCACCAUCCGAGCACCCAGAAGUCGGAGGAAAGACCCUCGCAGCCGUAGGACGGCCACGGUACAAGUCAUGGCGCAAAAAGUAUCGCAAGAUGCGGCACAAAUUCGAUGGCGUGCUUGAUGAGAACAAGAGAUACUACAUGGAAGAACAGAAAUUAGAAGGCAUAGCGCGGCGAUUGCAGGAGGAGGUGGACGCCAUACUAGACAUGUGCCUUUCACUCAACCAACAACCGGGAUUACCCACCAAUCUUCGCUUCAACAUCGAUCGACCUGGGGAGGAGCGCACAACAACGGCUAUAAUUCAGAAACACAUUCCUGAAACGGACGUUCCUACGAACAUCACACCGCAGAUAGCCAACGAGGUGGUCACGAAUUAUAAAACUGCAGUGACGCAAGGGAGGAUGCCUCACGUCGAUCUUUACAUCGUGCGAGGACGAGUAGAGUCACUGCUUUCUACUCCAGGUACCCUGACGCUGGAAAGCCUCGAGCAGAACAUUUCCCAUCCGAUCAUAACGUCGCCGGAUCAGCUUCCAGAGGACAUUCGCAGCGCCGAACCUGCCGGAUACUUCACCUCCGAGCACGAGGAAAUACAUCUACUGCGCCUGGACGCUAAGCUGGGCGAUCGAACAUCAAUUGAUCGCGUUCGUAAGAGAGACGAGGCAGCCGUGGGCUUCGAGGACAGACAUUGGAUCGACCUAAGGGGACGCGAAGUAGACCGGCUCAAUGAAAUCCAGAAUCCACAAAGCCAGCACAACUGGCUCAAAACCCAUGCCAAGAACACUGGCGACAUCGUGGUUGACCUUGACGACAAUGAGAGCGUUACAGGACACGAGAAGAAAUCUGCACGAAGUUCAGGACAUACUGGUAAUAGCAAGCGUAAUCUCGCCAAACAACUCGCAGACAAAGUUGUGGAUCGCGCGCGGGGCGAUGCGAGUCCAAAUACGGCUGCGAGCCCCGGCUACGGCUAUGGUGACGAUGACGAACAUUCAUACUUGGAGGAGGCACCACCGAGCACAACGAAGAAGCGUGCGAGGAAAGAUGAAGAUGGGGCAUAUCGGUCAAAAGCGAAAGUUUCGACUGGCGGUGGAUCAACAAAAGGCAAACGGAAACGGAGCGGCGAGGACAUUGCUGUGGCGAAGAAAGCCAAGCUGGAGUCCAUCGAUUGAGGACAAGACUCGGGUUUCUAUUCUUUGCGGUUGGUCAAGGUCACUCGCGUCUGCCAACCUGCAGGCUGGUCGCGCGGAGGCCAUCAAUUAAUUGUGGACUCACUGUUUGUGCUUUAUGGGUUUACCAUUGGUGUUACCGGAGUUCAUAAGGGGUCCUCGGCGAGGACUGUUUCGGAGCAUACCUAUGUAUAGGACGAGUGUUGUACGAUGAUUUGGCGAGUGUCACGCAAAGCGUGGGUUAUGAGGGGCAAUGUAAUAUAACGAGUAUAGUGAGUUUGACCGCGGCUCUACUGAAAAGCCAGAUUACUGCUGCCCCCGGUAUGCUUGUGUAGGCGCUCAUGCUAAAUUUCGACACAAGGAUCAAUAAUCACCCAUCUUGUACGAUUCAGCUCAGCUCUCGUCUUCAUUGAAAAGGAGGGCAUCUGAUGAAGCCAAA